AUGGAGAAGACAAAAGACGAAACAAUUCAAGAUGUUGAGAGCGAAAACAACCAUGUGGCUGUUGGGCAAUUUGAGACCCGUUUCCAGUUCUCUCCAGAGGCAGAGAGGAGACUUGUUCGUAAGAUUGAUUUAACGAUCCUCCCCAUCAUGGCCUUCGCAUACAUGAUGGCCUUUUUGGAUAAGCAAACUCUCAAUUAUAGCGCGUUGAUGGGUCUCCAAGAAGAUCUUCACUUGGUUGGAACGCAAUAUAGCUGGACCUCAAGUAUUUUCUACUUUGGAUAUUUGAUUUUUUGCUACCCAGCAUCUCUUCUAAUGGUCAAGUUUCCCCUCGGAAAAUAUCUGGCUGUGAACUUCAUGCUCUGGGCAAUCAUCCUUGCUUGCCAUGCCGCAACGAAGAACUUCGCCACUUUUAUGGUUACUCGAUUCUUCUUGGGAUGCGCCGAAGCCAGCCUAUCACCUGGAUUUACUCUUCUCACAUCGCUUUGGUACCGCACAUCCGAGCAGCCAUUGCGCGCGGGCAUAUGGUUCUGCGGAAACUCGCUCUCGCUCGUCUUUGGCAGUCUUAUCGCUGCUGGGAUUAUACAUAUCCAAGACAAGCUUGCUUCGUGGCAGUGGUUGUUUAUUAUCUUCGGCCUCGUCACGUUUCUCUUUGGGAUAGUCAUGCUUCUGCGCUUGCCGGACUCGCCCACCGAUGCGAAAUUUUUGACGGAAGAAGAGAGAAUGAUUGCAGUGGAGAGACUGAAGGAAAACCAAGCGGGAUAUAAAAAUAAAGAAAUUGAUCGUGGCCAGAUUUUGGAAGCAUUCAAGGAUAUGCAAACGUGGCUUCUGGCCUUGAUGAUGUUUGCAGUCAAUAUUGCCAAUGGAGGUUUCACGACGUUCAAUGGUCUAGUUCUGGAAGGCUUCGGGUUCAACCUAUUCCACACCCUGCUUUUGGGCAUCCCAGGAGGUGUGAUUGUGUGCAUUUUUGUUUUCAUAUCUGGCUUUACAUCAUCAAGAGUGGAUCAUAGCCGAUGUAUCGUCAUGACUGUCAUGUUUCUAAUCAGUAUCCUGGGAAGCUCUCUCGUCUACGCGGGAAAGAACAUCGCUUCGCGCUACGGUGGACUGCUUCUUAUGGGAAUAUACUCUGCUGCCAUGCCAGUGUCAAUGGCAAUGAUCAGCUCAAAUGUCGGUGGCUUCACCAAGAGAGCCACAGUCAGUGCAAUCUAUUUUAUCAUGUACUGUGCAGGAAAUAUUGUUGGACCUCAGCUCUUCUUCGCUCGACAAGCGCCAAAAUAUGAGAGUGGGUUCUUGGCAAUCAUUAUCUGUCUUGUUGUUUGUGUCGUGAUCAGCUUGACACUGCUUUUCUAUCUCAAAUGGGAGAAUUCUCGACGGGAUACACAGCAAGCGAGUGCCGACGGCGCUGCUGUGGAAAAGGACCCUGGAGCAAUCACACAGGUUGGACUGUUUGAUAUUACUGAUCGGAAAAAUCCACUUUUCAGGUACUCCUAUUAA